CCAAAUAGAGAUCCCUAGCUUUUACAUAAACUUAGCCAAAAUCACAAUCAUCAGCUUUUGGCCAUCUCAGUGUCCAUUUGAGGGUACAGACAUUCCUCCAACAGCAUCUUCUGAGUAUUUCUGUCUUAUAAUACCUACUGCAGGUUCUGACACGUAAACUACAACUGUUUGAAUAUGAUCUGGGAACACAAAAUGUUGAAGACAAGUGAUAGUUUAGCGAGGAGGUUGGUUGGGAGCUCAAUCAUUUACAUGCGUAGAUUUCUGUUCCGAAUUUUAUCUGUAGGUCCAAUACCAAACCACAUCGCCUUUAUUCUGGAUGGGAAUCGGAGGUAUGCUAAGAAAUGGAAUAUAGCCGAGGCUACUGGAUAUAGAGCUGUUUUUUUGGCUGUCAUGUGCAUGCUCAAGUAUUGCUACGAAUUGGGUGUCAAAUACACGACUAUAUAUGCAUUCGGUUACGAUAACUUCAAAAUAAGACCGGAGGAAGUUCAGUAUUUAAUGGACUUAAUGCUGGAGAAAAUUGAAGGACUAAUCAAGCAAGAAAGCAUUGUCAAUGAAUACGGAGUGAGGGUCCAUUUCGUAGGGGACCUGAAGCUUCUUAACGAGCGAGUUAGAGUUGCAGCUGAGAAGGCAAUGCAAGCUACUGUCAACAACACCAAUAGCACUCUUUUAAUCUGUGUGGCCUACACUUCUACUGAUGAGAUUUUGCACGCCGUUCAAUCAUCUUGCCUAGAGAAAUGGAAUGAAAUACAAGAACUUGACGCGAACCAAGCUCAAAAUGGUGAAAUAACUGAAGAAAAACAGGAGCUAAAACAUAUCAUAAAGCUGGUAGAUAUAGAGAGGCAUACAUACAUGGGAUUGGCACCUGAUCCUGAUGUUUUGAUUCGAACUUCGGGUGAAACUCGUCUUAGCAAUUUCCUUCUUUGGCAGACUACAAGCUGUUUACUGUAUUCUCCAAAGGUAUUGUUUCCUGAGAUUGGUUUACGACAUUUGGUAUGGGCAGUCUUGAAUUUCCAGCGACUGUAUCCUCAUUCAUUCGGAGAAGGAAAAGAAAUCACUGCUAUUUUACCUUUAUUAGUCUUUUACAUGCACUUUGUCCUGCUUUUCCUCAGACCAGUAGUUGCUACUGCUAAUCAUAUAUCCAAAUCUAAUGACUAUGAUAGUAAGGAUGAUCAGUCAUUAUUUCGAUAUUUUAACACCUCAAAUGAUAAGGUUUAGAAUAAAUAAUUGAAU